GCAACUAUAAAGGACACAGACAAACGCAAAUGUGGAUUGUGUUCAUCUGGUGGAAUAUCAUCUCAGAGCUCAGCCUAACUCCUGGAAGUCCACGCACAGAGAGGUGAGGAUGACGUCCACAGCAGGUCGACUGGCCCAUGAGCAGGAGAGGAAGGAUGGAACCGGCACCAAUGAGAAGGCUGUGAAGUUCUGCCAGCAGGAUUACGAGUCUCUGCGGCAGCAGUGUUUGCAGGGCGGUGGCCUCUUUGAGGAUGUCUGCUUCCCAGCUGAACGCAAGUCCCUAGGCUACAAUGAGCUGGGGCCCUACUCAUCAAAGACCCGGGGCAUUGUUUGGACAAGGCCAACGGAGCUAUGUUCCAACCCAAAGUUCAUUGAUGAUGGAGCCACAAGGACGGACAUUUGUCAAGGAGCUCUGGGGGACUGCUGGCUUCUGGCAGCCAUAGCUUCUCUGACUCUUGACCCGCGGAUCCUGGCCAGAGUGGUGCCCCCCGGACAGAGUUUCACCGAAGAUUAUGCUGGAAUCUUUCACUUUCAGUUCUGGCAGUACGGUGAGUGGGUGGAUGUGGUCAUUGAUGACCGUUUACCCACCAGAGAUGGAAAGCUGCUGUUUGUUCACUCAGAAGAAGGAUCAGAGUUCUGGAGCGCUUUGCUGGAGAAGGCCUAUGCAAAGUUGAAUGGCAGCUAUGAAGCGUUGACGGGAGGAAACACUAUCGAGGGUUUUGAGGAUUUCACAGGAGGAAUAGCAGAAAUAUACACCCUGAGCGAGGCUCCACCGCAACUCUUCCAAAUCAUCCAGAAGGCCCUGAGCCGCGGUUCCCUGUUGGGCUGCUCUAUCGAUAUCACCAGUGCAUAUGAGACAGAGGCAGUAACAGCGUUAAAGCUUGUAAAGGGACAUGCAUACAGUGUAACAGGUGCAGAGAAGGUUAAUUUUCGAGGUAGGGCAGUGCAGCUGGUCCGCAUCAGGAACCCCUGGGGUCAGGUGGAGUGGACUGGGCCUUGGAGUGAUGGAUCCAGUGAAUGGAACCAUGUCAGUGAAGAUGAAAAAUCAAAGAUGAACCAUGUGGCUGAAGAUGGAGAGUUCUGGAUGUCCUAUUCAGACUUCAUCAAGCACUUCUCCAAGCUGGAGAUCUGCAAUCUGACCCCCGACACGCUCGCAAGUGACGACGUUGGCCACUGGAACAACUACCAGUUUGAAGGGAUGUGGCGAGUCGGCUCCACUGCUGGAGGCUGCCGCAAUCAUGCAGCCACAUUCUCGUCCAACCCUCAGUUUGUGAUAAAUCUGGAGGAUGUGGAUGAUGAUCCUCUAGAUGGGGAAGAUGGAUGCACCUUUCUGGUGGGGCUGAUGCAAAAGGAUGGACGGAAGCUGAGGAGGCUGAACCGCAGCCUCCAGACCGUUGGUUUCGCCAUUUAUAAGCUCCCAGAGGAGUACAAAGGCUGCAGCAACGUGCACCUUGGUCCCGACGUCCUGCUGCGCCAGAGAGCUGUGGCCAUGAGCAGCACCUUCAUCAACGCACGUGAAGUGUGUGACCGCUUCAGGCUCCCUCCCGGACAAUAUGCCAUCAUCCCCUCUACCUUCUUGCCUCACAAGAAUGGCAGUUUCCUUCUCAGAGUCUUCUCAGAGAAAAAGGCUGACGCCGGUAAACUGGAGGAGAACAUUGAUGCUGAAAUAGAGGAGGAAGAGAUAUCUGAAAGUGAUGUGGAUCCUCAUUUCAAGGACAUCUUCAAGCAGAUUUCUGGCAGCGACAUGGAGGUAUCUGUCUUUGAACUGAUUGAAAUUUUGAACAACAUUGUUUCUAACCGUUCUGACAUCAAGACGAAUGGAUUCAGCCUCGAAACAGGUCGCCAAAUAGUCAGCCUGCUUGAUAAAGACGAGAGCGACAAGUUGGGACUGAUGGAGUUCCACCUGCUUUGGAACAAAAUCCAGAAAUACCUGGACAUCUUCCAGAGUCAUGACACGGACAACUCUGGCACCAUGAGCUCCCAUGAAAUGAGAGGUGCCGCUAAUGAAGCAGGUUUCCACAUUAACAGUGCUGUCCUGGAGGCCAUCGUCAGUCGCUAUGCCAACGCCCAGUACGCCAUAGACUUCGACAGUUUCGUGGCCUGUCUGAUUAAACUUGAAAUGCUUUUCAAAAUGUUCAAAGCCCUGGAGAGAGGGGACUCUGGGAAGAUAGAGCUGAGCUUGCAACAGUGGAUGUGCCUGGCAGUCUAUUAGCUCUGAAAACAACGGGAGUUGGAGCAAAGAAGAGGGAAGAAAAUGUUAAACCAACAGAAGAGAUAAAAAUCAGAACAUUCAGAUCUAUCUGAAAAACAAUAAUGCAUGUAUACUUUAUGUUUAUGUGCGAGUGGACCUGUUUGUCUUGUUAGUUUUGCUCUUUGGCUGUUUUUAACUUCUGUCAGGUAAAAGAAAAUAAAAAA